ACAGAGGGAGUAAUUUUUAGGUCUCGCGCUCCGACGUCACCAGAACCUCGAGCCCCUGCAUGCAAAUCACGUCUGGGCUCGAGCCUCUCCAUUGGCCGUCUCUCGCUCAUUUAGCUGCUGUCAGAGCGCGCGGCCCGGGCACGCUCCGGUAACUUUUCCCGGUUCAGCUUCAACCAAAGUGAAGCUCAAAGUACCGGCUUCUAUGACAGGAAGGAGGCAGGCAGGGGCCGCGCGGAGCAGCUUUACCUCUGAGUGGAUUUGAUCCGGCAGCGCACUCCUCUCUCUCUCUCUCCCCGGCUCUCUCUCUCCUCCUCGGGGGUUCGCGGCGCGCAGGCCGGCCUGAAUGUUCCGGUGUGUUUAACGCAGAAGUGUGAAUGUACAGCAUCAUGAUGGAAACGGACUUACAUUCCCCCGUGGUGCCCCAGACCAACCCAUCCAACCCGGGGGGACACGCGGGAGGAGGAGGCGGGGGGGCCGCCGGUAAAGUCCCCCAGGACAGGAUCAAGAGACCCAUGAACGCCUUCAUGGUGUGGUCCCGGGGCCAGCGCAGGAAAAUGGCACAGGAGAACCCCAAGAUGCACAACUCGGAGAUCAGCAAGCGGCUGGGCGCGGAGUGGAAAGUGAUGACCGAGGCGGAGAAGAGGCCGUUCAUCGACGAGGCGAAGCGGCUCCGGGCCAUGCACAUGAAGGAACACCCGGACUACAAGUACCGGCCGCGGAGGAAGACCAAGACGCUGCUGAAGAAGGACAAGUACUCGCUGGCCGGCGGGCUCCUCGGCUCCUCGGCGGGUGUGGGCAUGGGCGGCGGGCAGCGGCUGGAGAGUCCCGGAGGGGGCCACGCAGGGGCCAACGCGGGCUACGCCACGCACGUGAACGGCUGGGCCAACGGCACGUACUCGGGCCAGGUGGCGGCUGCGGCGGCGGCGGCUCACGCGAUGAUGCAGGAGGCGCAGCUGGCGUACACGCAACACCCGGGCACCGGAGCUCACCCACACCACCCGCAUCCGCACCAUCACCCGCAUCACCACCCGCACAACCCGCAGCCCGUGCACAGGUACGACAUGAGCGCCUUAUCCUACAGCCCCAUCUCAAACUCUCAGAGCUACAUGAGCGCCUCGCCGCCGGGCUACGGCGGCAUCACCGGCUACACGCACCAGCACCAGAGCUCCGGAGUGUCCCCGGUGUCCGGGGCGCUCGGGGGGACUCUGGGCUCCCUCGUGAAGUCUGAGCCGAGCGUGAGCCCGCCGGUAUCCACCGCGCGCGCUCCGCCGCCGUGCCCCACGGGGGACCUGCGGGACAUGAUCAGCAUGUACCUGCCGACCGGAGAGGUGGCGGGAGACGGCGGCGUUCACAGCAGACUGCACGUGCUGCACCCGCAGCACUACCAGAGCAGCGGGUCCUCUGCGGUGAACGGGACGGUUCCCCUCACGCAUAUUUAACGCGUGAGCGCCGGAGACACCAAAUAUUUAAAAACCAGAAGGUAGAUGAUGAGGUGUAAAUUAGAGAGCCAUAAAAUGCAAUCAAACUUUUUUUAUUGUCGUUUUUUUUUUCUUUUUCUUUUUUUCUGAUGGAUUUCUGCUCUCUGGAACAAAAACACGCCAACACUUUGACAUGAUGAGGCUUUAUCUGAAUUUUUCCUGGACUUUUCUGUGGAUUUUUAAACACCAGCUGUGUGUGACAGGGAUCCUGUUUAAAGAAAAAGAAAAAAAAA